AUGGUACAUAAUGAAACUACUACAAUUGAAGAGUCACAUAAUGAGAAACAAAUACGUGAAUUAUCAGAAGAAUCAGAAGAAUCAUCAACAGAUAUAGAAAAUGAAGAUGAAGAAUUGGAACCUCCAAAAUUAAAAUAUACAAGAUUAAACAAAUUACCUACCAAUUUCUUUAAUAAAGACCCCAUAUCAACUUCAUUCUUUCAUGAUGAUAUAUUCAUAUUUGCUACUCAUUCAGGCAUAAUUCAUAUUUGUAAAUGUAAUUUUGAAAGUAUACGAACAUUUAAAGCUCAUAAAGCAUCCAUAUUAUCUGUAUAUACUAAUGGUAUUUAUUUUGCCAGUGGCUCAAUGGAUGGUACAGUUGUAAUUGGUUCAAUUUUAGACGAUAAAGAUAUAGUAGCUUAUGAUUUUCAAAGACCUAUUCAUGCAGUGAUACUAGAUCCAAAUUAUGCUAAAAAUAGAAGUUUCAUAUCUGGUGGUAUGGCUGGUAAAGUGAUAUAUCUGAGUAAAAGCUGGCUUGGAAAAAGAUCAGAUAUAGUAUUAGAUGAAGGAAAUGGUCCAAUUGUGAAAUUGGAAUUAGUUAAAGAUGAUUUAAUAUUUUGGAUGAAUGAUAAAGGAAUAAAUGUAUUUCAAAUAAGUUCAAAAACAAUUAUUGCCGUUAUUGAAAAACCUGAAGAUAGUGCAAGGAGUGAUUUAUAUUGGCCAAGAUGUGCAUUAUUAGAUAGUGAUAGAUUAAUAAUUGCAUGGAGUAACUAUGUGUGGAGUUUAAGAGUUAGUGUUAAAAGUAAAGAAGAUAAUGAGAGUAUUGGUUCAUCAGGAAUGAGUAGAAUUCUUCCGUCAACUGCGUCAAUAUCAUUUAGAUCUAAUGUCGUGCAGGAGAAAAAGAUUGAAGUUGAGCAUGUUUUCAAAAUGGAUGAUUUGAUAGCCGGUAUAGCAAGUUUUAAUGAUGAUUUAUGGAUGUGUUUAACUUAUAAUCCACCGACACAAGAUGAGGAAAUUGGGAAAAAAGAAUUUUAUAAUCCUGAUUUAAAAUUAAUUAAUUCAAUGACUGGUGAAGUUGAAUUUGAAGAAGAAAUAGGGUUGAAAAAUAUAAAUAACUUAGGUUUGAAUGAUUUUAAUUUAUUAUGUCACAUAGAGACAAUACCUAAAUAUUUCAUAAUUAGUGCUAAAGAUUGUGUCAUUGCUCAAGAACUACAAAUUGAAGAUAGAUUGGAUUGGUAUCUAAAUAAAGAAAAUUAUUUACAGGUUUAUGAAAUUAGUCAAUAUUUAGUAACACCUUAUAAGAGAUUAAGCUUUGGUAUUCAAUAUGUGGAUUCAUUAGUCAAAGAAGAUGAUUGGGAUAAAGCAGGACAAUUCUUAAAGAAACUACUUGAAAUUGAACCGGUUAAUGAGGAUCAAAGUAUGAUAUCUGAAGAAAUUUCAAGUAUUAAUAUAAAUGAUGAGAUAGUUUCACAGUGGGAUACCUGGUCUAAUAUAUUUAUAAACAGCGGACACAUAAAAGAAUUAACUGAUGUAAUACCGGAAACAGAAUUAAUAAAGAAAGAAAUUUACGACAAAAUAUUAUUAUAUUGGAUUGAAAACGAUGGUGAAAAACUAUUGCAGUUGGUUAAAGAUUGGGAUAUAUCAAUAUAUGAGGUGAGUAAAAUACAAAAAGAGUUAGAGUCAAAAAGCGGAGAAAUCGAUGAAAAUCUAGAACGUGCAUUAAUUGUCAUAUUCAACAAAUCUUUACAAUUUACAAAAGCUAUACCCCAUUUAAAACAUUUAAAAGAUCCAAAUAUAGUUGAAUAUUUAUCUGAGCAUCAUAUACUACCUAAAUUUAUCAACGACUUACCUGAAUUUAUAUCAUUGAGAUUUGAAAAUGCAAAAGAUUUAACAACAUUACCUGUUCCACAAAUAGAAGAUAAAGUUUCAGAUAUAAUUGACAUCCUUAUAAAUUAUAGAAUGGAAAUAUCACCAAAAACCAUUGUUUCAAUUUUCAACAAAGCCAAUUUAUCAAUUUUGAAUUUUUUUUACCUUGAAAACUUGUCGUCAAUUGAUGAGAUAUUAAUAAAAGGAUUUGGGGAUGAACGUAUGAAACUUUAUUCAGAAUUUAAAAGAAGCAGUUUAUUACCAUAUCUUAAAAAUAAUAACGAUUAUGAUAUAGAUUAUGCAAUAUCAAUCUGUGAAUCGAAUGAAUAUAUUGAAGAAUUAGUCUACACAUAUGGGAAAAUAAAUGAGAAUAAAAAAGCAAUUGAGUUAGUUAUUAAUAAAUUAAACGAUCCAAUAAUGGCUAUUAAUUUUGCCAAACAUCAAAAUGAUAAAGAAACAUGGGAAAUCUUAAUUGAAAAUUCAAUAACUAGGAGUAAUUUCAUAAAAGCUUUAAUUGAAAAUAGUGAUGAGAGUUCAAAUUUAUAUUAUGAUCCAAUUACAAUACUUCAACGAAUGCCACAAGAUAUUAAAAUUGAAGGUUUAAAUUUAUCCAUAAUUGAGUUUUCUAAAAAUAAUGAAUUGAAUAAAUUGAUUAAUCAAUUGAUUUUAAAUAUAAUAUAUAAAAACCUAAAGGAGAAUUCUGUAGAUUAUACAAAUUACAAAACUAAAGGAUUGGAAAUUGAGAUUGAUAAAGAAUUGAAAGAAUUGAAAAAAUUGAUACAAAAAUUUGAAACUAUAUUAAUUUUGAAAAAAAAUGAAGAUAUUGAAUUAAAAUUGGAAUCUAAGUUUCUUGAUGAUAAUGUUCAUCAUUUGGCAUAUGAGAAUUUAUAUGAAAAGUUGAUCCAUAUAAAAGAAUUGGAAUCAAGGAUAUAA